UGUGUUGUAAAUUAUUUUUCAGAUAUGGACCAAGAAGGUAAUGGGGAGGACAAACAGAAAAAUAACACUCUGAGAAAACAAAAAUCAUGGCACGAAUUGCGCCAGGUUGUUCGUAACAUGAGACGCCAUUUUUCCAGCAUAUCGGCUAAAAUACCCAGUGCGUUAUCCUUCAGACUCAUCGAAAAUGAAAAUGGCCAGGUGAUAACGCGCAUUUAUUUUCUUGGUACUCUCUCUGGCGGUCGAGAGACAACAUUACUCUACGCUGAUAUACCUAUGCAUAAUUCUUCCACUCAAGAAAAUACUAGUUUUUCUUGGCAGCCAUUGCUUGAAUCAACUUUUCAAGUAUUGCAUCCGUUAGGCCAAUUUUCACGAGAAGAGCAGCUCCAAUGGGAAAGAAAGAGACUCGUCAUGUGGGGAAUAACUGCUUAUGAUCUACAUAAUGGAAUUGGUAGAUUUAUUUUCCCUGCGUGCGGUUCGAUAUUUUAUUGUGAUGAUAACAACACUCAGUGCAAAUCUCCUCCAUAUUUUCCUCAAGAACUUCGAAGCAAUGUAUCGGGAGCAAGACUUAAUCAUCACAUGUGCCCUCAAAAUCCAGAUUUGGUAGCUUAUAUUUAUAACAGUGACCUUUGGUUGUAUCAUAUAAAAACAUUGACUGAAGUUAGAUUAACAUAUGCAAGAAAAGGAUCAAACAGUUUAUCUACUGAUCCCAUUAGUGCUGGUAUUCCUUCUUAUGUCAUCCAAGAAGAGUUUAAUCGGUAUAGUGGAUACUGGUGGCAGCCAGUUCAUUAUCCAAAUGAGGAAAAUAUAUAUCGCAUUUUAUAUGAAGAAGUUGACGAAAGUGAUGUAGAAAUCUUACACCUUCCUUCUUACUGUGAUGAACAUGAUGUGGAGGAAUUCAGAUUUCCUAGAGCUGGUAAAAUGAAUUUAGAUAAUUUAUGUAUAUUAUGUCAUACUAAUCGUCCUAAAAUAGAUUCAACUACAUCAAGACACAUUUCUCCUGAUGACGAAAACAAAGGCAGAACUCAUAUCUUAUAUAACGAUAAUAAUCAGCACUUAUCUCCACCAGGAACAUUAAGUACCUGUAGUAAUACUAAUAAUGGCAAUCGCCGAAAUAUUAGAUGUACUGAAGCAACUGAAAGACAACUGUUUAAAGUAAAUAGUACAGCUGUUUUUGACAAAAUGAAUAAACUUGAAUACUGUUCCGUCAUAAAAUUCUUUGUUUUGAUGAAACAUGGGUUUACCACUUUACACCUGAGUAAAACAACAGUCCAAGCAGUGGUAGAACCCGGUGGCUCUGCACCAAAGAAAGCAAAGACAAUUGCAUCAGCUGGAAAGGUUAUGGCUAGUGAUUUUUGGGAUUCCAAAGGUAUUCUUUUAAUUGACUACCUGUCAAAGGGUCAAACAAUUAAUGGGGAAUACUAUGUACAUCUUCUUGACCAGCUAGAUGAAAAAAUUAGAGAGAAAAGGCAUGGUUUGCAAAAGAAAAAAAUCCUCUUUCACCAGGACAAUGCACCUGCUCACAAAGGUGCUUUGGCAAUGGUAAAAUUGAGGGAUUUGAAGUAUAAAUUGUUGGAACAUUCUCCCUAUUCGCCAGAUUUGGCUGCCUCUGACUUUCAUCUAUUCCCAAAUCUUAAGAAAUUUUUGGGUAGAAAACAUAUUGGGUCAAGUGAAGAGGUGAUAGCAGUAGUAAAUGGAUAUUUUGAAGACCUUCCAGAAUCGCACUUCAGGGAUGGAAUCCAGUUAUUGAAGAAACAUUGGGAUUGUUCCCUGUUUGUCAGUAUACAGAGUAAUAUAAAUCAUGGUCCAUUUGGAGAAGUAUAUCGGUUGGUACAGAAUGGGUCAAAACCCUUUAAUAUAACAGCCCAAUCUCUAGGCUAUCUCUUAGAACCACCUUCUGACGACACUUAUCUUUUCAUAGCCAUUUCAUUAUCGGAAUUUGAAUAUCUGCAGCCCGAACUCUUCAGUCACUCGCUCAAGUCGGGUCAAACAAUAUACGGUAUGAUAUUCAAACCGCCAUUUAUGCAGAGCAAUAAGAAAUAUCCGACCGUUCUAACUAUCUAUGGUGGUCCGGAAGUACAAUUAGUUACUAAUACAUAUAAGGGCAUGAGGCAUUUGAGACAGCAUCUGUUAGCCCAAGAAGGAUACAUAGUGGUAGCGGCCGACUGCAGAGGUUCGAGAAAUCGGGGAAUCAUCUUCGAAAGUCACAUAAAAGGGCGCAUGGUACAUGAUGUGCUUCAUUUUUUCACACAAGAAUCAGAAGAUGAGCUUACAUUCUUAUGGGCAAGUGAGGAAAGUGGCUUUCGACAUUUAUAUUUAAUAACUGUGAGCCUGUUAAUGGAAAACUUUUCUGAUUAUAUCGUUAAUAACACAUUUGAAAAACCAGAAACUUUUUCUAGUAACAGAGUUCAAAAGAAAAUUACUUUAACUGAAGGAGAAUGGGAAGUCUCUGACAAAGAUGUGUGGGUUCAGGAAGAAAAGAGAUUAGUGUUCUUCAUUGGUCUGAAAGACACUCCUUUAGAAAGACAUUUAUAUGUAGUUUCUUUAGAUUAUCCAAGGAACAUAACUUGCUUGACAGUUCCUGGAUUUUCUCAUGUUGUAGCAAUGAAUAAGGAUUGUUCCCUGUUUGUCAGUAUACAGAGUAAUAUAAAUCAUGGUCCAUUUGGAGAAGUAUAUCGGUUGGUACAGAAUGGGUCAAAACCCUUUAAUAUAACAGCCCAAUCUCUAGGCUAUCUCUUAGAACCACCUUCCAUUUCAUUAUCGGAAUUUGAAUAUCUGCAGCCCGAACUCUUCAGUCACUCGCUCAAGUCGGGUCAAACAAUAUACGGUAUGAUAUUCAAACCGCCAUUUAUGCAGAGCAAUAAGAAAUAUCCGACCGUUCUAACUAUCUAUGGUGGUCCGGAAGUACAAUUAGUUACUAAUACAUAUAAGGGCAUGAGGCAUUUGAGACAGCAUCUGUUAGCCCAAGAAGGAUACAUAGUGGUAGCGGCCGACUGCAGAGGUUCGAGAAAUCGGGGAAUCAUCUUCGAAAGUCACAUAAAAGGGCGCAUGGGAACUGUGGAGAUUGCAGACCAAGUGGAAGUGUUGUUAAAACUGGCAGAAACUACAAAUUACAUUGAUUUGGACCGGGUAGCCAUUCACGGUUGGUCUUAUGGUGGUUAUUUAUCACUAAUGGGUUUGGCACAGAGACCAGAUAUCUUCAAGAUUGCUGUGGCAGGAGCUCCGGUCACAUCUUGGAAUCUCUAUGAUACGGGUUACACUGAACGCUACAUGGACACUCCCACAAAUAAUCCUGAAGGUUACUCGAACGGUUCGGUGCUUUCAUACGUCAGUCAACUGCCAAACAACGAGAACAGACUCCUAAUCAUUCACGGUUUAAUGGAUGAAAACGUUCACUUUUCUCAUACAAGUCAGCUCAUCAAUGCCAUGAUCAAAGCGGGAAAACCAUAUCAGUUACAGGUGUAUCCUACUGAGAGGCACAGUCUGCGCCAUUUGGAUGCCAGUGAACACUACGACACUAAGCUAUUGAGUUUUUUCCAGCAGUACCUAUAAAUUUUUUAAGUACAAAACAUUUUUCAUUCAACUUGACAAUAUUCUGAUUUGUUAUUUGAUGGUGAAUUUAAAAAAAAAAAAAAAAAAGAUCUAAAAACUGAUGAUCGUGUGAUUCCGACAAAUGGAUAUUUUAAA